GCCCGCUCGGUGAUCGAUGAAAUUUGGUCCGAUCACUAACAACCUGACAGUGGCCGAGUGGAUGCUUGACUCACGCAAUAUCAACCUCACCUGUUCAUUCCCGUGCCUAAUCCCGGAAUUCUAGUCCGGCAGCAGUCGCCGAACUGUGCUGUACCAACCAAGCCGACCCCUCACCCUCGCAUUUCCCCACUAUUCUCCCCUCCUACCAACAUCAUGGCCUCUUACUUGAGCGCCAGUGAGGCUUUCGCCCAAGAGAAGCUCGUGCAGGAUGCACAGCAGCCGGUCUCGCAGUCCGCCUGGGCGGACAAAUAUCGUGGUGCCACGGUUGAGGAUCUCGACCCUCCCCCGGCCCUGUCUGUCUCCCCCGAGGACCCCAUCUCCUCUGCCCUACUCGCGGCGUAUGAACGUGACUACACACACCUUACCGUCACCUCCUCGACGAAACGUUCUCUCCUUGGAUACAUCAGCAUUCCCCGCCUCAAGGAGUUACUGAAGGAAGGCGCUGUGAAAGAAACCGACUCAGUCUCCGCUGCCAUGCAACGGUUCAACCGCAAGCGCGGCACAUACCAAGUGAUUACGAUGGAGACCCCGUUGGAGGAGCUGGAGCAGUUCUUCGAGAGCGAGACCGAUGCCAGCGGAGCCACGCGGGCCAAGCAGACUUUCGCAGUUGUCACGGAUGUGUCGCGCAAGUUCGUGCUCGGCGUCGCGACCAAGGCGGACUUGGAGGAGUUUGUCAAGAGACGCCCGACUUAAUUACUACAUCCUCUUUGCCGUUAAGCUGGUCCACUAUAUGAUUCCCUGCAGGGCCCCUUCUUCAAGCCGAAAUAAUUGCAUCUGAGGGCGCAGUUUUCUUUGUACCCUGGUUUUGUGAACUCCUUUGAUUCCACCCACUGUGCCUGGUCCACAGGAUGAGCAGCCUACUAGCGUAGCAGCGUAUUUGCGCCUAUUAUGAUCGAACCAAAGUAUGCUUCUGAACAUCAAAACUAAUCUCGGUCGAACUAGGACUUGCAGAUUGGUUUUUCGGAGCAAUCACCCAUAGACACAUGAAAAAUACAUAGCAUACACGCAGCUGCCCUCGAACGCCAUAGCUUUAAACACCUG